GGAGCGAUACUGGAGAGCAGCAACUGGUUCGUUCGCCUCGUCGGUGCUGCUGCUGCUUCAACACCUACAACCAACGGAGGAGAACGGGCUGACCGACACUGUUCACGACUAAUUCUGGUGGAAUAACGCGGCACUGAGCUGCUUUCACACCUUUGUACAGGCUUUAAUACUUGGGGAGCAGAGCUUCUUCGCCAAUGGCAAGUCCGGUUGCAGACAUAGGACAGUCUCAUCAGCAUCACCCUGUGACCGAGUCGGCCGCAGAGUCCGCGUUUCAGGAGGCUCAGAAAUGGAUAGAGGCUGUGACAGGAAGAUGCUUUGGUGACAAGGACUUCAGAGGAGGUUUGGAGAAUGGGAUACUGCUAUGCGAGUUGCUGAGCUCUAUUAAACCCGGCCUGGUGAAGAAAAUUAACAGACUUCCAACACCCAUAGCUGGCCUGGACAACCUCAGUGUGUUUCUGCGCGGCUGCGAGGAGUUGGGACUGAAAGGCUCCCAGCUGUUUGACCCUGGAGACCUGCAGGACACGUCAACACGCCCCACCGCCAAGGGAAGUGACUGCAGCCGAAAGCUCAAGAAUGUUUUAAUCACCAUCUACUGGUUGGGUCGUGCUGCCAACGGCUGUACCUCCUACAACGGUCCCACGCUGGACCUGAAAGAGUUUGAGGGCCUGCUGUCACAGAUGCGAAAGGAGGCAGACGAGGCAGAGAGCCCUAAACGCAGCAUCCGGGACAGCGGCUACAUCGACUGCUGGGACUCUGAGCGCAGCGACUCCCUCUCCCCGCCACGCCACGGCCGCGAGGACUCGUUCGACAGCCUGGACUCCUUCGGCUCACGCUCACGACAAACCCCGUCGCCGGACGUCCUGGUCGCCCGCGGCAGUAGUGAUGGCCGCGGCAGUGACUCAGAGUCCGACGGUCCUCCUCACAGGAAGAUGCCAGACGUCCGAAAGGAUGACAUGUCGGCACGGCGGACGUCCGUCAGCGAGCUACGAACCGCCAUGCCCUUUAACCAGUACCUGCCCAACAAGAGCAACCAGAGUGGAUAUGUGCCCACACCACUCCGGAAGAAGAAGAACGAUAAAGAGGAGGGAGCACGCAAGAGUUGGAGUACUGCUACCUCCCCUGUAGGAGGAGACAGACCAUUCAGUCCAAAUGAGGUCCCUAGCUUAGAUGACCCACCUGGAGAGUCCCCCAGCCCGUCCCCCACCCCGCCCCACAUACAGAUUCAGAAGGAGAACCAGACUAAAAAGGACGAGGAGGAAGGGAAGCAAGCUGCCUCCACACCUUACGUUGAGAUCCAUGCGGUGGGCGUGAGGAGGAGCAGUGAUCCUCUGUCUCGUAGCUUCCCCCGGCCCCAUGCAGAGCCCCCCAUGGACAGCGUAACUCAGCUGAUGGUCACCUCUGAGCAAAGUACUCCAGCUCGCUCGUGCUCAGAGGAUUUCUUCCACCAUUCAACGACUCUAGCAGCAAACGCUGCAGCAACCCCCGUGGAUGCAACAAGCCCCGUCAUCACGUCAGGGCAACAUCCACCUGUGAUGGAGCAGAAGGGAGCUGCUGCUGUCCUGUCAGUCGAUGCAGAGAAGGCCGGCCAAAUACCCGCCAGACCCUCUCCCAAACACAUCACAGCCCCGAGUCCCCCUCACUUCCUUCCUUUGCCCGCCACCACGGCAACCGUUACAACAGCAACAACCGAUACAGGCCGACGGAAGGGAAGGGCGCUGAGCGAAAGUGACGACUCACAGGGAGGGAGCUCUUGGAUGGACAGCAAUCUUCCAGCAACAUUCAGCCGCACACAUAGUGUGUCAGAUGACCCACAGAGUGUGAGUAUGAUCGACAUGCGUGGUGAGGAGGAGGCCAUCUUGCAGCCUCACAGUCAGGUGCGUCAUGAACUGAUGCACAACCAGUAUAACAGGAUGAAGGAAGAAGACGAUCACUGGCAGGACGACCUGGCCCGAUGGAAAAAUCGGAGGAGGAGUAUUUCCCAAGACCUGAUCAAGAAGGAGGAGGAGAGGAAGAUGAUGGAGCGGUUGAUGUCGGGAGAAAGCUGUGUCACCCAGAGGAGGAGAAGCAUCAAGACCUACAGAGAGAUAGUGGAGGAGAAGGAGCGUCGUGAGGAUGAGCUUCGGGACGCGUACAGGAGAGCCAGAACCCCAGAGGAAGCAGCAGUCAUCCUCCAACGUUACGCCCAACGUUUCUCCAUCAGUGAAGCAGUCCUGGAACGCCUACACCUGCCAAAGCUCCUGGACCGCAGCAUAUCUGCUGAUCCCUCCUUUCCCCCAUCAGCUUUCCCUCUCUCCCUGUCCGCCUCCCCAGCAACCCCAGACCCCUUCGACAUGGACCCCAACGGGCCCAUGAGGUAUCUGCGCCAGCAGUCCGCCCCGGCUCCAAAGUUCACGUCGACACUGGAGGCGCGAAUCGAGGAGUUUCCCAAAGACUCCACACACCAGCGGCCUCAGAUUCGCUCCCGCUCAUCUGAGCCGCCAUCCAACCGAAAUCUGUCGCCCAAACCGGUGCCUUUGCUGACACCCAAGCCUUACUUCCAGUCACGACCCACAGCAGCUGACCCAUGGCCCAGUAAGACGGAUGGUUUGCUCCGAGUCAACGGUGACAUAGGGAGUGAUGACGUUCCCACCACGCCCGAGAGUCAAGGAAGAGAGUCUCCUCCUCAUUUCGAGGCAUCCCCUUCUAAAACCAGCAACAGCACUGUAGAUGCUCCGUCGUCAGCCUCACCAACACACACCUCAACCAGAGGAGAAAGCCCCGUGUCAACAAAGGCCGAGGAGGCACCAAGUGGCACAGAGGCGGCUUCGCAGGACGUGCAAGAAGAGAAAGUCACUGAGCAUUCGACGCCACCCAGCCGACCCACCUCGCUCCCAUCGGAGCUGCAGAAGCCAGAAGAAAGCUUUGGAAAGACUGGGAGCCAGUCAGUAGCUGCUACAGAAGAGGAGACAUCAAAUGCUGCAGCUCAGCAAAGGCCACCUGCAGAAGCCAAACAAGAACAAAAAAAACCUGAACCAUCAGGUCAAAACAUUUCCAACCCUGUCCAGUCAGGAGUCAGCACGCAGCAAAGUCAGCCAGUAGUUUCACAGGCGAGUGCUCUCAGUUCCCAGGAGUCGUCACUGAGGAGAGAAAAUGUACCAAGCUUAGCUGCACCAGGAUCAUUUGAAUAUCACCCACCAAGGGAAACAACAGCAGAGUUUGCAAACAGUGUCAGGUCUCCACUGGCAACCAGCAAUCCUAAGUUACGCUGGGAGUUCUUCGUUCCACCAGAAGAGAAGGAGAAGGAUCGCCGUGGAAACGAGAAGUACCGGCGCGAGCAGGAGAAGCUGAAGGAGGAGUGGGAGAGAGCACAGAGGGAAGUGGCGGAAGAGGAGAGGAAGUACCAUGAGGAGGAGCGAAGGAUACUGGAGGAAACUGUAGCACCUCUGACUCCCCGCUCCUCAGCCCUGCCCUCCCCCAGCCGAGGGGAGAUCUCCUCCACCUCAGAGCCCCAGGACACCAUCGUCCGUUCGCUGGCCGACUGGGAACGCAAGCAGGAACUGCUGGAGAGGCAAUCGAGGGGGAGCACAGAGAAUGUCGAAUGGAAGCGGAGAGAAAACGACAGGACCAGUGACAUCAGCACUGCUGACGACAGCAUGAAGACAGGCAGAAGCUCGAUGAGCAGCAGUCAGGUAGAGACAGUCGGUCACAGUCUGCAGAACGGACAAAAACAGCCGACCAAAACCUCGACUCCAGUGAAGAAGCAGGAACAGCCUUCAGCAGACAGCAACAAGUCCAGCCGGCCUGCAGGAGACAGGAGGAGUGGUCCCAUUGACAAUAACAUGUGCCGCAGCUCAUCAAAACCCCCCGCAGCAUGUCCACCACCUUCAGACACACUGCCUCCAGCACCCAACAGGUCUGUCAGUGGGAAGAAGCUGUGCUCCAGCUGUGGGCAGCCGUUGGGGAAGGGAGCGGCCAUGAUCAUAGAGACCCUCAGUCUUUAUUUCCACAUUCACUGCUUUAAGUGUGGGGUGUGUAAGGGACAGUUAGGCGACACAACCACAGGGACGGACGUCCGGAUCAGAAACGGCCUCCUCAACUGCCAUCAGUGCUACAUCCGCUCCCGCUCGGCCGGACAGCCAACCACGUUGUGACGCUCAACAGGAAAGCACAAGGUUCUUGGAAGAAACCCUGUUUUUAACCCGAUUAUCUGCAAAUCAUGUCCUUCACAGCGUAUCGGGAUCUGUGCAUCCUCUGCAGCUCAAUAACCAAUGAAGAUUCAUCACGGGCCAAACAGGGGAUCUGGGGACAGUCACACGUAUAAAAAAAAUAUAUACUCUUCGUGUUUAUGUCAUCUGAUAUGUGAGUGAAAUCAGGAUUUGAUUGGUCCACGUACCACCGCAGACUCUGUUUCAUCAUACAGCAAGAGAAAGAGAGAGGGAGAGACUGUUCUGGGGUGGCGGCCAUGUUGGAAAGAAAACACAAUAACAUUAACAGAUGCUUCAAACACAGGUAGGCUAUUGUUAACCUCCUAUACUGUCAGAGUGAACACACACAGAAAAUAUGGUGUUCACGUCUUGGUUAAGUAGAAUCAGAUUCUAUUUUCCUGGUUGGAAAAAAUGUGAAUAUUAAUCAUUUAUUUCCAUUUGAUGGAAACGCAGUAUAUCAUUUAGUUACUGACUCAUUUUAUCAUUUAAGAACAGUUUUAUUAAUUUGGAUAAAUAUCCUAAAACAUGGAGAGAAAACUGAAAAUGUGGUCAGGCAGCUCAGAUUGGGUUUUCUUUUUAAUUUCUCUCAACAGGCUGGAUCUGCAGUAUAUUAAUAAUUUAAUGCCCUUUGAAUUGAGUAUAAAUUAAAACAGAAAUAUAUACAGAAACUUUCUUUUAAGUGCAAUAAAGGUCACUAUAAACCCACUAUUUAGAUUCACAGACAGUAUAUACAGUUUUAUCCUCUGGCCCUCACAGUGAUCUAACGUCUCUUGUUCUGUGCUCCUGAAUAAAUUUAGCUUCUAAUAUAAACACAUAUUAUGGAUGUAGUUUCAUCUUUCGGGCAAUAACUCGACUCAUGAGCUGUUCUCGUGCUUUGGGGUCACGGCAGGUUGCUCCUCGGUCAGCCUGUCCGCUUGGAGAGUCAGAACUUUAAUGUGCCUUAGGAAAGCAAGGUGAUGCAGGAGAAAGAACACCAGCUGUAUGGUGUUUUAUUUCUCUUUUUUUAUUUUCUUCUUAUGGGUGUCGGGAGGGAUUUGGCCAAAUUUGAACCCUUAAACUGCAGACAGACUGGCUGCAGCCCUCCCUCACAUCCCGCUUUACUUCAGUUGAUAAGUACUGCUUAUUUUACAUUAACAACACCCUUAAUUUCAUAUUUCCCCCCUCUGUUAUUCCUCAGUGAUUUGCAGUGAUAAAAAACAGUGCAAAGGAAAAACAGUUGUCCUCUAUUUGGAGAAAAUAUUUACUGCAGGGGAGACCAUUGAUUUAAUUUUGAAUGUUGUUUUAUUCUAGAGAGAUAUAGACUUCUGUAUGCUAUUAAUUGAGGUAAUUUUGAUAAUUGCUCAGUGGUAGGAUUCAUUCAUAAAAUUUAAAAAUGGAAAAAAAAAUCACCAGUCCAUGUUACAUCUAGUUAAAGCGCAGAGGUAAUAUGAACACUCAUACCAGCAGCAGCAGCAGUUGCACAUGUGCAAUAUUUGGUUGGAUGAAAACUAAAGAUCUGUGCCGCCAGCUGGACAUUUAGAGUCACUUGCUUCUUUUAUUUUGGACUUGUAUGAGAAGAGCUCGGUUAUGUAUUGUGGAUGUUUAAAAAAAAAAUGCACGUUUAAGCCUAAAACCAAAUGAUUUGCUGUAUGAAAGCAAACUAGCAGCCUCCUCCUCCUCCUCCUCCUCCUCCAGAACAGCGUCCUAUAGCCAAGCUUGUCCUCCGGGAUCAUCUCUCUGAUCUACAGUAUUUUUAAGCUUCUGUUCCGGUUGUGUAUUUUCUUUUUUCUUUUUUUAUCCUCAUUUAGUUGCAGAAUAAAUCUCGGCUGAGUCUCUUAUAGCGGGAUCUUUGAGACGGAGCUCUUUAUUCAGACAGUCUUCUUAACAGGAUAGUUGGGGAAUGAAACCUUUACGUCUGUUCUGUAUUUAUUGUAAUAUUCACCUGAACACUAUCUGAAAUAUAGAUUAAUUUGAUGUUUAAAUGCAAUGGCAUUUAUAGCAUACUGUAUGUUUAUAAAUAAAAUGUUAUAAA